UCACCAUGUACAGCUUCAUGGGUGGUGGCCUCUUCUGUGCCUGGGUGGGGACCAUCCUCCUGGUGGUGGCCACGGCGACAGACCACUGGAUGCAGUACCGGCUGUCGGGGGCCUUCGCCCACCAGGGCCUGUGGCGAUAUUGCCUGGGCAGCAAGUGCUACCUGCAGACGGAGAGCAUCGCAUACUGGAAUGCCACCCGGGCCUUCAUGAUCCUGUCCUCCCUGUGCGCCACCUCUGGCAUCAUCAUGGGCAUCAUGGCGUUCGCUCAGCAGCCCACUUUCACCCGCUUCUCCCGGCCCUUCUCUGCGGGCAUCGUGUUUUUCGCCUCCACCUUUUUCGUCCUGCUGGCCUUGGCCAUUUACACCGGAGUCACUGUCAGCUUCCUCGGUCGCCGCUUCGGGGACUGGCGCUUUUCCUGGUCCUACAUCCUGGGCUGGGUAGCCCUGCUCAUGACCUUCUUUGCAGGAAUUUUCUACAUGUGUGCCUACCGGAUGAAUGAAUGUCGGCGCCUGUCCACUCCCCGCUGA